CCUCACCUCACCUCAUAUCGCCUCAACCUCCACACCCAAUCCCAACUCCCUCCAUGUCCUCGCCCUUUUCUCGCCCACGAUCGACGCUCGUGUCUUGAGCCCGCUCCCCCCAAAACCUCCGAAUCGAGUCGCCCAAUUGCGGCGCAGCUCGUGCAGUCCCUUUUUUUUUCUCUUCCCGGCUGGAAGAUAUCCUGGGACGCCCUUCGUUUUUCUCCCCUUUCCCACAGGCCUCUUCGAACCCUUUCCGCAGGACCACAACCAGUUGAAUCUGCCCGGAAAUACAGGGCCGGUUGCGGCCUCGCCGUCUGAUUGCACCGCCGACCAACAGUCAACGGCGACUGUUCAAUUUUCGAGCUCGACGAUUUAAAACAUCCUCCGUUUCCCGUCGCAAGGGGGCUGGAGGUUACUGGUAGUCACGGUGUCACUGCCGACCAAGUUUCCCUUUCUUGUAUCACCUCGACAGCUCAAGACUGCGCAAUGGUCGCUCCUAAGAAACCCCAGAGUGAAAUCGGGAAUAACGGCAACAAGUUGAACAAUAUGCCCUACAACAAGAGAGAAUCGGCCAUGGGUGGUAAGCCUGACGGAAAGGGCCCCAACGGCGCCCGAUCUGGAUUCAGAACCGAUACCGCCAUAUCCAACAAUCGACCAGGCAACGAACGAACCCUUCAGCCAUGGGUCCCCGACGCCGGCGACGGCAUUGACGGUAGUCUGGAGAAGUCCUCCAGCAGCGGAGGAACUUGGGAUCAGUUCGCCGAGAAUGAGCGGCUCUUCGGCCUCAAGACGGACUAUGACGAGAACAUCUACACCACUACCAUUGACAAAAGCCACCCUCAAUACCGAGAGCGCAUGGCCGCUGCGGAUCGCAAGGCUCGCGAGAUUGAGCGAAGCUUGGCCACCACGGCGCACGUAGCGGAGGAGCGCGUGAUGGACUUUGUCAGCAGCGGCGGCGAUGAUCGUGGUGGUGACGAAGAAGACAAGUAUAGCGGAGUUCGCCGCCAAGACUUCCCGCCCUUGUCCAGCCGCGAGAACAAGUACACUCCUCCCGCGAAACGAGCACCUUCUGCGAAUACAACGGUUGUUGGCGCUCCCAUUGAUCCUGCGAUCAUCUCAUCGCAGUUGAGAGCGCCUCCGAAGAAACAGACCACCGUAAAGCCGGAGGAUGCCAAGCUCCUGAGCCAGCUCGUCAACAAAGGGAGUUCUGCCCAGUCUACUGAGGCAACCAAGGCCGCCGACCCGACUGCCUCCACCAAGUCUUCUCCGAAGCAAGAGCCGACCAAACAGCCCGAGGUCAAGCCGUCAGAGACGAAGCCAGCCACUGCGAAGACCAGCGAUGCCAAGGCCGCUGACAGUUCAGCCGCUGCGUCCCGUCCCUCUGCAGCUACGAGCCGGACCAUUUCUCCUCAGGUCAAAGAGGGCGCGCCAAGCGCGGCUUUGACUGUGGAACGCGACGUUCUCAACUCUUUCAAGACUUUUGCCAGCCAACAGCGGCAAAAUGCUGAGAAGGUUCGGAGCAGUAAGGCAAAGGCCGACAAGGAAGUCAAAUUGACGGAGCUGAAGAAGUUUGCCGACACCUUCAAGCUGUCGACCCCUGUCCCAACCGACCUUAUUUCCAUUAUCGCCAAAGAUCCCGAUAGACAAAAGGAGAUCCAGGCCAAGGCGCUCCAGAAUGCGGAGGAAGUUGCUCGCACAAAGACAACGCCGACUAUCAAGGGUAAGGACACUCCGCCAAAGGAAGGCACAUCAAAGCCUCCUCCAGAUGCUCCGGCAACACAAGCUCCCGCCGAGACAAGGAGCGCUGCGCGCCCAACGCCUGCGCAACAGACCAUUUCUCCCUCCAACGUCCCGAGCCGUCAUCCCAAUGCGCGCCAGUCUUACGCCAGUCCUCAGUACCAUAACCAAGGUUACAGGAACGACAGAUCCGGUCAACACAUGGCUCAACAGAGCCGUCAGCCUCUGGCCCAGCGCUUGCGCAACGUGGAACAGCAGAAGAUGUCGCAGUCGCCUAACCAACAUGCUGGUGGCCAGGAUAUGCGCAUGCCGCCAACUGGGCCCGCGAAUAAUAACACUGAAGCAUUCCGGCGCGCUGCCGCUGUGCCAAACCACAUGGGGGGGAAGUUGAACCCAAACAGUCACGAAUUUAGACCGAAUCCGUUCGCGACCUCGUUCAACCCCAACGGACAUCCCAGUGCCGGAUCAAGCCCUCGCUCCGCUGCUACAAACAACGCUGGUGCUGCCGCCGGACCCGGGGCUGCUGCUAUUACCGGUGCUGCCGCCGCUGCCGUUGAAGCGACGUCAACCCCGUCCUCCGCUGGACAGCUCAUUCGUCGGAAGACGAAAGCCGUCGAUAUCAAAAAGUGUUACAUUCUUGCCCAUGUUAAGACGUUUACGCCCCCUCAAGGUCGGAACUGGGAGGAUAACGAGGGGCUAAGACCCUCUUACGACACUCCGCCGACCUGGAGAGCGCCUUCGGACAACGAGAAGCCCGACUCUACAAUGCUCAUUACCUCCAAGGAGUUCUUGGAGCGCCAGUCGUUCGCCGCGUCGUCGAUCGCCACGCCGAACCACACGCACGUGGUGCCGAGUGCCCACCAGCAUCAGCUUCCAUUCCAUUUGCAGCAGCCUGCCCACGGCAUGGGUCCGCGCCAGUCGCCGCACAUGCCGCCCAUGCCCAUACAGAAUCAGCAUGGUCACGUUCCCCACACGCCGUACCAGAACAUGGAUGACCACCGGAUGAUGCAUUCGAAUUCGGCCCAGUCGUUCGCCUCUCCUCGGAUGACCCAAGUCCCGAUCACUUACACGCCGGCAAUGAGCUCGGCCGGCCAGGUUCCUUACAAUCAGCCGAUGAUGCAGCCGUUUGUCGGACCGGGCACACCUCAGAUGGGUGGUUACCGGAACUUCUCCAACAACCAUCAAUACAUGCCGCAACAGCCUGGUGGUCCAAUGGGAGCGCCGAUGAUGCCCCAGUUCAUGAGCCCUCAGGGGAUGGUUCCGGCUCCUGGACAGAUGCCCAUGUAUGCCGGAAGCCACACCCAGUUCAUGUCUCCGAACGGCGCACCGCCUCAACCCAUCCCCGGGGCCAACGGCUACCCCAGCCCCGGACGCCCAUCAGCACCUAUGAUGGUUCACCAAGGGUCUCAGCAGGGACAGCCCGUGUACGGCAUGAGCCCCAACGUGCAGUACCAGCAGCCUGCGUUCACCCCGCAGCAACCCGGCGGUCAGGUUGGCAACGUCCGUGGGUACAAUAGCCCUGGACCCCAACACUUCGGAACAAGCCCCUCGCAAAUGCAUCAGUACGGAGCGCAGCAUCGUAGUGGGAGCAACAGCUAUGCAGCCAAGCCCUUCAACAACCACGGGCAGCAUCAUGGUCCCCAACAAGUUUCCCCGGUGCCUGCCAGCGGACCCGGUCGUGCUCCUGACGGCACCGAGGAAGCCAAAUGAGGUGCAUGACGAGAUGACCAGGGCAUACCGAUAACGCCGUGGGAACACCGCCUCGCCUGUCUUGGCAUCGAUACUCCUUUAGCGUCAACUAUACAUAGUUGAUCCGCGAAGCCUAGGACAGAUGUUAAAAAGGCUGCUCUCUGGAGACCUUUGGUGGUUUGUCAGCUGGAGCUAGCCAAUCUCUAGGCCAAGAGAGGCAAAGUUGGGCUUUCUGUCGGCAAUGCACUUGCUUGGCUGAAGGUUUCGUAUUGGUAAUACGACGGCUGGGGGCCAGCUUCCAUGGGUUUUCGUGUCUGGGAGGGCAGCGACAUAGGGGCCUCUGGCAAAGAUGCCACAAGCAGGGCGACUGUUGUCCAAGCUUCACGUCGUUGUGCCAUGAUACGGAAUCAAGGGAGAUGUGAGAACGUCAGUCAUGGCCCAGACGUGUAUGUGAAGGCCGGGUGCCACAGGUAGCUGAACAAAGUUGGUGAUGAGAAGCGUAGGAAUUGAGAAGUAGCUUAGGCUAGAGCCAUCUAUCAUAAGGUGGCUGGAACAU